AUGUCUCCUAAGAAGGAGGCACCGAUAUUGGAGAUGAGGGCAUCGAGGUCGCCCAGCGAUAGGGGUAUGUCCGAGCCCAUCGACACCGCAGAGGGUGUUAAGCUCGAGCGGAACAUCUCGAUCCGGCAUAUGGUAUUCAUGGCGUUGGGUGGUUCCAUUGGUGCCGGCCUCUUCGUCGGAUCUGGUGCUGCCCUCAGCUCUGGCGGACCUCUGUCCCUCGUCCUCAACUUCGCCCUCGUCGGCUUCGGCGUAACAUGUACCAUGGGCUGCUUGGGUGAACUCGCCGCCGCGUAUCCCGUAGCGGGCGCCUUUUACGAGUAUUCGAGGCGCAUGAUAUCGGAGCCCUGGGGAUUUGCAAUGGGCUGGAACUUCGUCUUUAACUGGCUUAUUGUCUUCCCUUUCGAGCUCACGGUGAUCGCAGCACAGAUCAAGUACUGGGCCCCAACCUUGCAGCCGGCUUAUGUGAUAACACCAAUUCUGGUUGUUCUGACCGCGACCUCGUUCCUUGGCUCCAAGUGGUUCGGUGAAAUUGAACAUGCUCUCGGCAUCGGCAAGGCCCUCGCUAUCACCGUCUUCAUCUUUGUUGCGAUCUUCAUCAUCACUGGCGCAGUCCCAUCAGAUCCACGACACGGAACAGGAGCCAAAUUCUGGCACGAUCCCGGCGCGGUGAAAAAUGGUAUUUCCGGAUUCUUCUUGGUCUUCCGAACCGCCGGCAUGUCGUACGGUGGCACGGAGCUCCUUGGUCUGACGGCGGCCGAGUGCAAGAACCCCCAGAAAGCCCUACCUCUGGCGACCAAGAUCGUCUUUGGCCGCAUCUUCUUCUUCUAUAUCGUAUCGCUCCUCUUGCUCGGUUUUGUCGUCCCAUCCAAUGACCCUGACUUGGCCUCGACCGGCUCCGGUGCCAAGUACAGCCCUUUCACGCUCGCUGCGCAACUCGCCAACAUCCAGCAUCUCCCAAGCUUCUUCAACGCCCUCAUCGUUUUGGCAAUCGUGUCGAUGGCCAAUACCAGCAUCUUCGCGGCCAGCCGGGCCUUCCAAGCCAUCUGCGAGAGGGGUAUGGGCCCCCGGUGGGGAGCCACAGUGAAAUGGGGCGUUCCCGUGUACGCCUUCGUAAUCACGUCCGCUUUUGGUCUCCUGGCCUUCGUCAACCUGGCACCCGGCGGCGGCGCCAUCUUUGACUGGCUAUUGAGCCUCUCGGGAGCUAGCAACUACUACACGUGGGCGUCUAUCUGCGUCAGUCAUAUUCGUUUCCGCAAGUCGUGGGCAGCGCAAGGACAUGACCCCAACACGCUCCUUUGGAAAAGCCCUUUUGGCGUAUGGGGAGGCUGGGUUGGACUUGCCAUUUGCAUUCUAGGGCUGUUUGCAAAUGUUCUGACGGCCAUUUGGCCCGUCGGCGGCCAUGAUGCGCAGGCCAUCAUCCGCGACAAUCUCGGGACAGUGAUACCGAUUGUAUUGUAUAUCGGCUACCGGGUCUGGCAGUCGAGGAUCAUGAAGGUGGAGCAGCCUGUACUCAUUCCAUUGAAAGAUAUGGAUGUGCGGACGGGCAUCCGUCUCCUUGACAAUGUUUCUAGCUCGGACGACGCAAGAGUUACUACAAUCACUGGUGGCAAGUGA